GCGCUAAAAGGUUCUUCCGUAAGUCUUUGUCGUAAGCAAUUGCACGCAUCGCGAGCAACAAGGGGCAACGGUUGACGCGGGUCGGAACACCCUCGUGCACCCUCGUGCCCCUGCUUUCGAAAAGUGUAUUCCGCGCGCUCGCCGCGCUCGCCGCGCUCGCCGCGCCGAUGGCGCCGAUGGCGCCGAUUCCCGUCCCGAGGAUCGAUGCCUUCCUUCGAUAGCAUUCGAUAGCAAACGUCAAGCCCAAUAUGGCGUGUAUCCGUGCACGUCCGUGUUAUGUCAGUCUUUCGAGAUCGAUGUAAUCGUAGUCGAGAACGCUCGGGCGCAUCGUCCCCGCGGACGCGUUUAUAUAGUUUCUCCAGGGCCGGCCUCGAAACAUUUAUUUAUCGAGAAAUUUUACACGCUAUACAGGCCGAACUCCAGGUGACACUCCGGUUCUAACCUAACCUCUCGAAGCCUUGAACUUGCAGUUCCUAGGUUGUCGGUAAUCUAGCCACGACUCGAUUGCAGCCUGCACGGUGUCGAAAUCGCACAGUCGAGGACGGAGAGGCGAGGCAGCGUUCGGUUCGACGGAUACUCGAGCUGGGAUCGAGUUACGAGUUGCGUCUAAUUCGAAGAGGAGAACCGGAGUGACUCCAGGACUUGACCUUAAGAUUGGUGACAGGCUGGGAAAAAAUGCCAAAAAUACGAACUCGCCAGGCGUCCAACGGUCUUUGGCUGAGACAGCGAGAGCUGGGUUUCAGAUUCCCCCUUGGCCAUGGGGAUCGGUUUCAUAAAACGCUUUACUCGUCGAUUCAGCCCGUUACUUCGUGGGAUCAUGGAGAUAACUUGUACAAUGCGAUGCACGGUGGUGUUUUUAAUCUGGAAUUUUCUCCUGACGGAUCUCUGCUUCUAGCAGCCUGUGAAAAGAAGAGUAUUUUAAUGUUCGAUCCACUGUGCAGGAGAUUAAUACAUGCGAUCGAUAAUGCUCAUUAUGAUUGCGUCAAUUGCGUGAGGUUUUUAGACCAACGUAUGUUCGCUACGUGUUCAGAUGAUAGUACGGUAGCUCUCUGGGAUGCGAGGAAUUUGAAACAAAGGAUAAGGACACUUCAGGGUCAUUCGAAUUGGGUAAAAAAUAUAGAAUACAGUCCAAGCGAUGGACUCUUAUUAACCAGUGGAUUUGAUGGAAGCAUAUAUACAUGGGAUAUUAACAGUUUUACCGAAAACAGUUUUCUGUACAAUCGAGUGUUCCAUACAAAUGGAUUGAUGCGAACUAGGCUCAGUCCGGAUGCCAGUAAGAUGUUAAUAUGUACAACCUCCGGUUACCUCAUCAUUAUACAUAAUCUUAAGCUAAACACGUUAACUAAGGACUUAGCAGGUUUUAAGCCAAACAUGUACCGGUUGAUGCAACUAUCGCAAACCACGAUACCGGUCGCAGCCAGCUUUACCCAUCUAUUCUCGCCAACUCGGACUCAUAAUCGCGUUGAAUUCCUGACAGAUUUCCCUGUCGGAGAUGAUGCAGAAGUGAUAUCGAGCUUGCAGGUUCAUCCUCAAGGCUGGUGCGCUUUGUCCAGGAACGUCAGCAAUGGAGAGAAAUCAGAGUGGACGUGCAUACACGACAUUCAGGAGCGCGACACGUCGGAAAUCAACGAGCAGACAAAGGAGACCGAAGACGUGCAGUUUAACGACCUCUCGGUGGAGGAGUUCGACGAGUCCCAGCAGCCCCAGCCCUCGCGUUCCGGGAUUACCUCGUCGUUCGUGAUCGACAGCGCGAAUCGGGCGAGGAUCGUGCAAACCGUGCCGGACGUGAGAUCGAGUUCGUUCGUAGCGGCGGAAUCGUCCCAACCUGCCAGACCAUCUCGAACGAACAGCUGGCAGGAGUCCGGGAGGAUACGGUCCAGACUGCAGUGCCCGAGAACGGGGAGGAGCAUCGUCAGGACGAGUGCUUUCGGGGUGGUCGAGAUCAGGUCGAACGCCAGCUCGUCCGAGACGGUGGGGAGCAGCUCGAGCCAGAGCAACGACAUCGACGAGAGCGCCCGUGACUUCGUCGAGGAUAUGGAAGGCCUGAUGCAAGCCGAGAACGGCCUCGACGAGUCGUCGACCGGCCGCCAGGGUAACCGGGAAGAAGAGGAGCAGGACUACAGGAUCCCCAGGCCCGAGAACCACCUGAACGACCUGAGGCGCAACGCGCUGGUCAACCGCAACUUCACCAGAGGGAACGUCGAAUUGCAUGUCAGCACGGCGGAUGUAUGGGAAGCUCUGGUGGCCAUCCGGGAAGCCAGGCUGCGACGAGAAAGGGAGGGCGAGUCCUACCCCAUGGGACUGGGCAACGACUUCCUGCCCAGGACCCGCGUGGGCUUCAACUUCAUUCCCAGGUCAUCCCACACCGUGGUCAUCGUCGGCGACCGGGCCCGGGCUCAGACUCAAAAUAGACAGACCUCGCAGACCAUGUACGCUAUUCCUAGGAACCAUAAGAUCCACCAGAACGUCCCCAGGCUGACGCAUUACAUAGAGGAGCCGAACGUGGGCUCGGGUUACAUCAAAGAACUGUGCUUCUCCCCGGAUGGUCGACUCAUUUGCUCUCCCUUCGGCUACGGUGUACGAUUGUUGGCUUUCUCCAGCGAGUGUCAAGAGCUGUCCAAUUGCGUCCCUGCCACGAACGAGUCGGUACAGUUGUACGAAUUGGCGACCAAUGCCAGCCAUUCGGAUAUCGUCGUUAGUACCAAGUUCUCGCCGAGGCACUGCCUCCUCGUGUCCGGCUCCCUUAGCGGAAAGAUCGUGUGGCAUCAGCCCGUAGUCUAGCUAAUUAAAUUGACCGUAUAGCCCGUAAGUCAAGGUUCAUUUGUGACGUUUAACUCGCGGUCGUUCGUCGCGAUACCGCUCGUUUUCCGGACCCAUUGCGUUUAUCUCCAAAGGUUAGAAACUAGUCCGGUCUGGCGGGCGCAGUUUUGAGAAGAAAAUCCUUUUCUCGAGUCGGCCCGCCACCCGGGCUCGUAUGGCGGAUUUGUAAUUCCGGUUUACGUGUAUUAUAUGAUUUUCGAUAGGUACGCGUACAUAACGAUACGACGCAUCGGUGUAUGGGCGCGACGAAGAGAUAUUGCCAACGAUGCGGACGAUGCAAAGACUAAUUACCGAGGAUAUGGACGAGUCGAUCGAAAUUAAGGCAGGACUUAGGUUAGCGACGCGACCUCGAAAAUUCUGCACCUUCGUGCAACCAGGAUGAAUAAAGAUGACGCCCGACGCGGAUGGAACGACGCAAUCGGCCUUCGAUCGCGGAUCGUCGAGGUUCCCCCACACGGUGAAUUGAUCUAGCUUUAACGAAGCUGCGAAACCAAGGAGUUGAAAUCAAAAGGAGUCGAGCCACGAGUUGUUUUCAUUUUUCUAAUCGCAUGGCGGUAGGGUAUUUUUCACCGAAUCGAGAGGGUAGAUUUUAUUCUUCACGGUAGACCCCCCGCGUCGAUUCUUGUUUCGGGAGCACCGUUCCUCGGUAGACGCAAAGUCGGUUAUUUAUCCCGUGUCCUCUUCUGGGCGGCCCGGUCGCCCGCCAAGUGUCAAGUACUUAACGACUCGACUUUAAUCGGCCAAUGGCAAUCAUCGCGCUGACUUUCGGAACUCCGCGGAGGAACGUGCGCCACGAGCCUUCCUUCGAGCUGAAAUUUUACUCUUAUGUUAGAAUUAGGAAAAUUAGGAAUAACCAGGACGAAGCGAUCCGCUCGAAACGCGCUCCUUGGUCAACUUGUAGGGGAAAUUUCGAUAUGCAAUAUCAGUGUAACAUAAUUUUCCUUCGGUUGCGACAGAGUCGCGCGAUUACUCGUAACCCUUUCUCGAGUUCAGGCUUCAAAGAGGUCCUGCGGGACGAAUCCAUUUCGUUCGUCACGUCGAAUCGGAGGACGCGGUGGCGCUCGGGUUUGAAGUCGCAAAUCGUUAACGGUAGAGCCUGUGUCGAUGUCCAUUUUUCUACUUAUCGAUCCUUUCCUGCAUUUUUGUCAAGAUCGGAUGAUCUUUUGCGAAUCGACAAAGGCUGCCCCGGAAAGUCGAGACGUACCCCGCCACGAUCGUCGCACGUACUUCGCCUUCGAGGUCGGCGUUCGGUGAAGCAAUCGAUUUCGAGGUACGGGCACCCGCCCUGUUAAUUACCACUAAGACCCUGUACAGUAGUUAACGUGUUCGUUGUUUUGUAAGGUUUGUUUUUCCCUUUUUUUUUUUUCUAUACAAUAAAGAUGUU